AAGACAGCACACAUCCAUCUCUCUGAGGCUGCAGGAGAAUCAACACCGACUUAAACAAGGAGAAGAAAGCUCCUGUUUCUGGAGCUGUGAUGACACCAGAGGAGCUCCUGAACACUCUGGAAGAUCUGGGAGAGGAGGAUUUCACUAAAUUCAAGUGGUUCCUGCAGCAGCCCGACAGCCUCCAGGGCUUCCCAAGCAUCAGAAGGGGCCGACUGCAGACAACAAACUGCUGGGACACGGUGGAUCUGAUGGUGCAGACGUACAGACUUCCUGGAGCUGUGGAGGUGACCAGGAAGGUUUUAGAGAAGAUCCACAGGAAUGACCUGGUGCAGCGUUUGUCUGAGAGCAGCUCAGGAGCAGAAGCGGAUGUCGGUGACAGUGGGCGGACAUCAGAGAACACAGGACCGUCCUCUCAGACUCCUCUUCCUCAGGCCGAAGAUGUGAUGGUUCCAGUACCAGAGCCGCAUCCCAUCGAAUACUACCAACAGCUGCUUCAGUCAAACUUCCAGGACAAGUUUAUGUGUGCACAAGAAGGGUGGGCGGAAGAUAAAGAGCGUCUGGUUGAUAUCUACACAGAGCUGUACAUCACAGCCGGGGCAGACGUACACAUCAACGCGCAGCACGAAGUGCGACAGAUUGAAAUAGCAGGGAAGCAAACAGACACAGAGAAACCAGUGAAACCCAGGGACAUGUUCAAACAUCCUUCUGGAGAAUACAGACCCAUAAAAACAGUGCUGACCAAUGGAAUCGCGGGAAUUGGAAAAACGUUCCUUGUCACCAAGUUCGUGUUGGACUGGGCUGAAAAAAGAAGCAACCAGGAUGUGCACCUGAUUUUCCCCUUCACCUUCCGUCAGCUGAACCCACUGAAGGGAGAGAAGUUUAGUUUGGCAGAGCUCAUUCAUGAAUGUAUCCCAGAAACUUUGGACAUCAAGGAGGAGGCUCUUAAUCACAUCUUCACAGCGCUACAGUCGUCAGGAAACGCCAACUAUGACAAGAGCAAAUUCAGACUUCUCUUUGUGUUCGAUGGACUGGACGAGAGCCGCCUUCAUCUGGACCUUAAUGUGGAUGACAUGCGCUCAGUUGAUGUAACAACAUCAACUAAAGUCAAUCUCCUGCUGAGGAAACUCAUCAGUGGGAAACUGUUACGCUCUGCUCGGAUCUGGAUAACCACCCGACCUGCAGCGGCCAAUCACAUCCCCCGGGAGUUUGUCGACAGCAUGACAGAGGUCAGAGGGUUUACUGACCCCCAGAAGGACAAGUACUUCAGGAAGAGGUUCGGAGAUGAGGAGCAGGCCAGCGGGAUCAUCUCCCACAUCAAGAGCUCCCGAAGCCUCCACAUCAUGUGCCACAUCCCGGUCUUCUGCUGGAUCACUGCUACAGUGUAG